CUGCCUCGUCAUCCACUCUCACCAUAGACUCCCGUUCAUAUGUCAGAGAAUAAGCUGCGUGCGGCCAGCUGGCUCUCCCGACACCCCCGUGUCUGAUGUCUCGCACGGUUACUAUAGGGUUAGUUGACCUCACUCGUUCUCCAAUCGGUGGCCCUUUUUUUUUUCGAUCAGGUAGCAGAUGGGAGAUUGAAUCGGUGGCAUGCGAGUGCUUGCGGUAUCAUCUGCGAAAGCGUCCCGUCAUCUCCUGUCUCCAUGUCGCUGGACACUGGACCCUGGUGUCGGCAGCACGUCUUUACUUGGGGACAUCAUAGUGGGUCGGUCAGUAGGUGUUUCGUGUAUCAUACUUGGGCAUUCUUGCUGACGAAGAGCCUCUUUUGGUGCUGCUGGUAUUUAAGCUUCUCAUCGGCGUUCUAUGCGUAUGGUUGCCUCAGCCAAGGUUAAGGUUGAUCAAAGAUACUACCCACUGUCCAGGUCUUUUCGGUGCGCAAAGAGGUAGACAGGAGCUAUGCAUGUUGUCGUCUUCGUAAAAGUACGGCAAAAUGAGAAACGGUGUAUCAUACUUGGUUAUGACCGGCUGUCGUUUGCUUCACUACGGCAAGAUGAGAAACGGUGUAUCAUACUUGGUUAUGACCGGCUGUCGUUUGAUUCACUUGUGAUGUAUUACCGCAUUUGGCCAUGGAGAUAACAGUAUGAAGUCUUCCAUUUGUUUGCUGGUAGGAUUGUGCGGUCGUGAAGGGGCUUUCGUGUUCGUUCGGUGGAGACAGACGACGAGGAUCGUUAAUUAUUUGUCGCUGACUGCAGUGAGUGGCUUCUGGCGACGAGACCUGCGGGUGUUGCAAAGCUGUACAUAAUUUUUGUGAGGAAAUUGGAGAGUUGCUUCAAACACUUGUAUCGGAGGGACAGCAACUGGCGACCAUAGAGGGACUACCGAAAUUGAGGAGAGGGUUUGGAAUAUUUCAGUCCGUAGCACGAGUUGUAAAUGUUUACCAAGUGCAACAGGGUUGAGCAACGUUGUAGAAUUGGAGGGUAGAUCUGUUUUUUUUUCCUUUUCUUUUCACGUCUGUGUUUGGGUGUUUAUUACAGGAGAGGAGAGAGGCCAGGAUAAAGUGAGUUGGUGAGAGAGAGAGAGAGAGAGAGAGAGAGAGAGAGAGAGAGAGAGAGAGAGAGAGAGAGAGAGAGAGAGAGAGAGAGAGAGAGAGAGAGAGNAGAGAGAGAGAGAGAGAGAGAGAGAGAGAGAGAGAGAGUGGUGGUUGGUUUGAGAGUGGUGGCAUGGGAGAUUUGAUGGGGUUUAUGACGUUCCUGUAUUAGCGUUUACGGCUCACUGCUAAGUGUAGUGUGGUGGUACGGCCUGUGAGAAGUAGCUGUCUGCUCUGGCGAAAGCUGUGGAUUUGAUGAUCUAUAUAAGCGCUUAUCUCAGAAAUCACAGUGGGAAUCACUUCUCUUGAUGCAACGACGAGACGAUGGUACAAGUGUGAUGUCUUACCGAUGGAUGCCAGACAGAGUCACUUCUCUCGAUGCGACGACAAGACGAUGGUGCAAGUGGACGAGAGCCGAUGGAUGCUAGAUAGAUAGUGCAUGGGAAGAUGUCGUUGGAGCAGACUGCCAUCAGCUUCUUCCGGGUUAAGACUCCUAUCCACCGCCGUGUUAGACCCCCCCAUUCACUGCACUCAGGAGGAAGGGGUAUGCGGGUGGUGUAAGCGUUGUGUGAAUGAGCAUAAAGCGCAAAGCAUGGUCCAUCUGUGGUUAAAUUUUAUGAGUGGUUAUGUUUCUGCAUGUCUCCAUCUAUACUUGUCUGCUCGCCUUCAUGCCUUGGGACAGAGACGGGGAGCAGUUUGUGGCUCAGUAAUGUAAAUGCUGGAGAAGACUUGCGAGCAAUUAUCGUAGAUCGUUUUUCAGAGCCUCCUGGUGUGGCAUUCGACAGGGGGUUGUGUGGAUCUCCUAUCUUUUUAGGCGAGGACUUGAAAUCGCCGAUUUUGUGUACUGCUGACAGGAAGGUGGAUUUCAACGACAAUGGGGUUAUCAGACGGGGCUGCAACUCAAGGUAAUCACGUGCGCAGAACUCGGUAGUAGAAACGGCCUCUUUCGAGUGCAUGCCCUGAUUGGUCUGCAGAUAUCUGGUAUGCGCAAGCGAUUAUUCGUCGGGAUAUCAAUAUCAAUAAGCAUAUUUGGAGGUGGGGGGCGGUUGAGCAGGAAGGAGUGGACUUGUAGGAGAUUUCUUCAUUCGGUUUGUUAUAUACUGCGUCGGAGGAAAAACUAAGCGACACUCAUGUGCGGCAGGGUUUUGAUUUCCGUUUCUGCUGGAUUUGGCUUUUGUUUGUUCCUAUGACAGUGCGUGAUUCGCUGCGGUACCGUACGACUUGCUAUCGAUUGGUUGGUGAGUGGGUUAACGUUUCAGCUUGACGUACAUGGCAACGAGUUUUUCGAUUGUAAUAAGGCGAUUGAUUGGUUGUGGCAGUAAUCUAGCGAUGCGGAUGAAAUGAGGGUUGGGCUUUUGACCGCCGCUUUCCUGGAAUAGGUGUAUGGAGCGGUGUAUGGGUGACACUGGUGAGGUGGUGGGAUGAACUGAUAAGUGCAGUUGCACUCUCGAUUUUGUUCUCGACCAACUGUUUGGGUAUCUCUAAGUUGCUUGAUUGCGAGCACACGAGUGUAAUACUAUAUUUGACAUGCUUUUAAGUUCAUAUAUUCAUGUUCGAGGUUAUGUUAUUCCUCCAGCAGGAGUAGAGUACCUUGCUUCCUUUUUGGGUGUAACCGUAAGAUGUGCAUGCGAGUCCUUUUGUCAGUUUCCUCUAUUGUGUUGAGGUGUCUAUAUUGACGUUUGUGUAUGUGUCAGAUCAUGUGCAUGCGUUUGUAGAUUACCACGUGGAGGUGUACGUGAACCAUGUUGUCGUGCAUGUCUGCACACUUGUAGAUUACCACGUGGACGUGCACACGUGCACUUUUAUGCAUGUGCGGUUCUGCAUGUGUCAGUUCAUGUGCAUGCGUGUGUCUGCACACUUGUAGAUUGCCACGUGGACGUGCACACGUGCACUUGUAUGCAUGUGCGGUUCUGCAUGUUGGUAGGUCUUUUUUUUGGGACGUAAUCGUCAGACACGUGCAUUUGAGUCCGUUGUCAGUUUACGUUACAAGCUAUUUUGC